AUGAGUGACUCAAAAUUACCGACGAUGCACCAAUGGCUGGAGAACGUCCUCCAGGCCGACAGAAGCAACUUCGGUGGGGAAGAAUUUGCGAUAGAGAUGUUUGACAAACCCUUGGAAGAGCGCGUUGGAGACGAUAGAGAAAAGUUGGAAUAUUUCAAAAGAAAGACGGCUCCCAUUCGCGAAGCUUUGGUCAAGUGCGGGGAUGGGACAGAUGAAAGCUUCAGAAAUCUCGUUGCAGUUAUGAUGCGUGCCUCUGGUCCAAUGGACGAAAAUGUUCGCGCAUUCUACGAAAGAAAGAUCGCUGCCAGAGAGGCCUUGGGUGAGUCAAACCAAAGUCGAUUCAAACAGUACCAGGCCAAAAAGAAGAUGGAAGAAGAGAAGGAGAAUCAGGUCCCGAUUAAAUUCGAUUGGGUCCCUCAGACUUUCGAAGAACGACUCUGGCAGAUGAUCAAGUAUUAG